AUGAAUGAGUUUGGAGAGAAUUGGUGCGAAGAAGUCUCUAAAUAUCUUGAGUUCAAAGCUACCACGCUUGAUCAUUGGUCGAUAGAUGUCAAGUGCGAAGAAGAACCUUGCAACUUACAAGGUCCUUCAUUGCCCCAACAAAACUUGAUUGAUUAUCCUCCAACACAAGAACACAAUGCAAACGUGAAUAACGUAGAGUUGGGUUUGAUCCCGCUAUCCAACAAUCUGCCAAACUUGCAAAGCCAAAAUGGUGAUCCUUCGACAAAACAUCGACAACGCAAGCCAAGGAUCACAUGGAGCGAUGAAGAACACAUGUUAUUUCUUCUUGGCAUUCAAAUGUGUGGCAUGAGUUGGAAAAGGAUUUCACAAGAUUUUGUUCGAACCAAAACACCAUCUCAAUUGGCCAGUCAUGCCCAAAAAUUUUUCGAACGUCAGAAAAUGCUGCCAUCACAGAGGAGAAGAAAAAGCAUUCACGAUAUAACUCUUCCUCCUCAUUUUUAUCCACAUCUUGUUCAAAAUUUAUCCAUGCAAGAUCUUCAAGUUUCUACUCCUAUUCAAGAUUUCUCCAUGCAAGAUCUUCAAGUUCCUACUCCUAUUCAAGAUUUCUCCAUGCAAGAUCUUCAAGAUCCUACUCUUGUUCAAGAUUUCUCCAUGCAAUACACUCAUGUUCAAAAUUUCUCCAUGCAAAACACUCAAGUUUCUAAUUUUAAUCAACCUACCAACACUCCUGGUCCAAGAUGGUCAAAUUCCUAUUAUUGA